AUAUGAGGUGAACAGGGACUACAAAAUGAAAGAAGACAAAACUAAUUUGCCUGUAUGUUGGGAAACACUUCAUACUUCUAAAUACUUUUUUAGGGAGUUGUAUGGCAUGGAAUGGCAAAAAUAUUGCUAAGUAAGAAUUAGAUGGGGGCCAAAUGGUAAGUACUCAGACGUAGGGAUCUCAGGAAUCCGAGUUCGAGCUCUACCGGAAGCUGAUCAUAUUUCAAGUUACCACUAAGCAGCCGAAGAACAGCCACAUGCUUCCAAUCAAUCCUAUCUUCAAUGGUGACUGCAGGUUGGAGGCAAUGUGUAUGUGUGUAUGUGCUGGAGGGUAGGAGAGAGAUCUAAUUUAGCUGUAACAUUUGAUAAAUAAUACAUGCAUACAAUCAGUGAGCAAUCCUUAUCUAUAUAAAAAUGAUAAUUAAAUACAAUAGGCCACUGCAAACGCAUAUCUUUUUAAGCAUUAUAAAAGCUUGACAGUACUGCGAUGAUGACGCGAGUGAACAGACUGUUGCUUGGUGAGAGUGAGAUUAAAUUUUGUUGUUGGAAUUAGGAAUAAAAACUCUCUAUUGUCGGAAAUGUCAGGCAAAUAGAAAUGCACAUAAAUUAAUUUAUUGAUUUUCUAUGGAUAAAAAAAAAUAAAUAAGAAACAGGGCCGUUAAUUACUAUACAUCUCUUUUGACUUGCGUGGGAAAACCAGCAUGGAGGGUGGCUGACUGAGAAUGAUGAGAUGUUGUGCCCAUUUACUAAACACCCUGGUCUCUGAGUAACCUAUCGCUGUGAUUCAGUCCCAGAGAGAGCGGGUGGAGGUCUGUUACUUUGAUGCGUAGUGUGAUCAAAACUCUAUAGGAUAGUAUACUGCCGGGUGGAACGAAUGCUGCGUACCUGAGGAUCAUAAAGGCCACUAAAAGAGACGGAACGACAGCUCCUCACUUGAUUUCAUGUAUAAUGUUCUUUCUUCAAAGAAUUAGAGAGGGAUGCUUUGCAGGUUUUUUUUUUUUUUAUUAUUAUCAGAAGCUAUAUUUUCACUCACACCGUGAGAGCAAGUUCACAGAGUAUCAGACAUCAAUAUAAACGUUCAGGGGCCUCACAAACUAAGCUGUCCAGUUUACAACAAAUGUAAGCAAACGGUACCCGGAUACGGUAUAUUAUUAAUCUCUACGCCUGGCAUCCAAGAACUCAUUCCAGUCACCUUAUCAGUUGUUUCCUUACACAGACCCGGCAGCAAUGUCUUCGUACCAUCCAUUUUCUCCUGUCUUCACCAUUUCGGUCAUGUUACAUCCCAACUCAAACAGAAUGAAGAACUUUCAAAAUGGUGUGCCAUCAGAAACCAUCAUUUUAAGGGUUAUGAACGUUCUCACUACUACUUGGCAUCGCUCCUCACUACUCACUACUCACUACUCAUUAUCACUGACGUGCCAGGCGACAGUCCACGAAUUACUGAAUAACCUAACUACGGUAGUGGUGCGCGAAAGCUCUACGCCAUUGCCAGCGAAACUGCCAGUCCCGCCGCUUCCAUGGCACACUCAGGCUCAGUCGCGGUGAUGCGGGCGUGGAGCGUGGUGGUGUUGUCAUAGCUUCUCGUACUCCUUGUCAGUGAACUUCAGCUGUGCGCUACGAUUGGAUUCAUAUGCGGGGCUGCACGACGGAUCUUGUGAAUUAUCUCUGUGUUUGAUGUAGAGGUUAUUUUGGCACUAUGAUAGUAAGUUGGAAUAUAUAACUGAUUCUCAGAGGAUGGAAGGAUAAACCAUAACUGGAGAGUGACCGUGGACAGUGUGAUGAGGGCACUGUUGUAAGAAAGCGUAGUGUUACUUUAGUGAAUUGUCACUAGUACUCAAGUUGAAACUUGUAUCGAUGGACCAGUGAGCAUGAAAACAGUGCGCGGCGUGCAGUGAGUGUUUCCCAGGGUUUGGCACCAUAGCAUGUCCUCCAGUGAGUGUAGCUAAAUACACCCACAUGGAAGGACCGGAAGACAUCUCCAAGGAACCUCCUCGCUGUGAGGAGGAGGUGGAAACCCACCCCGAGCCCACUUCUUUACAGGAGCUGCGGAGCAUCCGUGGGUUUCGCCGCAGAAUGCCUGAGUCCAUGCGGGAGGUGCCCGGCGAGGGCCUGUCCCGCCUGGCGCGGCUUGGGAAUGGUCUACGGCGUCGGCUGUCAGGAUCUACUCGUGAUGUCUUCGUAGCAACUCCCGAGGGUGUGUGCGAAGUUCGUGGCAGCGGCAGCGGGCUCCGACGCCAUCUAUCAGCUUCCAUGAAGGACCUGUUGCUGUCCAGCAUGGCGGUGCGCAGUGACGGGCAGGAGGGCGAAGGGCUGGGCAGGCGACUGUCCCGCCGCCUCUCCCUGCUCGCCGGCAGCGUCGCCAUCAGAGCUGACCACUCCAGGGGCUCCUUAAGGGCUCGCUUCCCUAAUCUUCGACGUACCCGGACGUUUACCGUCACUGUAAUUCUACCAGACUCUUCCGUGAUAACAGUGGUGGGUGACGGGACACACACGGUGGGCCAGGCGCUGCGAACCACGGCCCAGGACCACUGCAUGACCACUUUCUCCCUGGCGCUGGCUGACUCUCACGCUGAAGUCGACCUUGAAGCCCCCGCUCAUCUGCUGGACGGGGACAUCAUCCUCCUCCAGGACGCUUCGGACUCCCCCGAUCUGAGUAACGAGUCUGAUACUCGUCUGCGGGUGGCCAACGUCCUCGCAGCCACGGAGAGAACGCUGGGGCGGCGACUGAGGUGCGUGGAUGAAGUGUACGGCCAGCACCUGCGGCGGCUGUCCUCCGUCAGCCAUUAUGAACACCAGCUCCUCUUCGACAGCGUGCAACCCAUCAUCGCCCUCUCUGACCAGCUGGUGGAAUCGCUGGAUGCCGCCGUCACCUCGUGGGACCCGGAGAACACAUGCCUGGGUUCCUUGUUCGAGGAGGAGGUGUGGGAGCGCUACGAGGAGUAUCUGGACCUGUACGAGGAAGCCGUCAAGGUUCUGAGGGAGAAGGAGGCUGGCGAUGAGGAGUUCGUGGCGCUGUGUCGACUACGGCGGGGGGCGGCCAGGCAUUCCCUUGUUCAUCUGCUACAUUUACCGUAUUGCCAUGGUUUCGUUGCCACUUAUACCUACUUGCCGUGUAGUGUGGUCUUGCAAUCUGGGACUCCCCGUGGAGAAAACGCUUAACAUUAAAAUCAUUCUCCAAAGUGCUUAUAAGAAUCACCAUGAAAACAACGUGCUUUGCAAUUUCAAAGAAUA